AUGCCUACGGCGUUUGAGAACCUCCAGCCUUUGAUCGAGGCGGAGUUUACCCAAUCGACCCUGACAUUUUACAUGAACGGCUCGAAAGUCGAGCUGAACAACCCUGAUCCGGCGUGGACACUGCUUGACUUCAUCCGAUCGCGACAUGACAGCAAGGGAACGAAACUGGGUUGCGGCGAGGGUGGGUGUGGCGCGUGCACUGUCGUCCUGCAGACCUACCACUCCAGAAAAGGUCGACCCGUGCAUAUCGCUGUGAAUGCAUGUUUAUAUCCCCUUGCUGGCGUGGUUGGAAAGCAUCUUAUCACAGUCGAGGGGUUGGGGAGUGUCGAACGACCACAUCCGUUACAGGAGCGGAUCGCCAAAUUGCAUGGGUCACAAUGUGGCUUCUGCACACCAGGAAUAGUCAUGUCUCUUUAUGCUCUCAUACGGAACGCUUGGGACCCACAAACCCAAGUAUUUGACCUGUCGGCCGAAAAUAUUGAGUUGGAGGGUGUCUUGGAUGGAAAUCUCUGUAGGUGCACUGGCUACAAGCCGAUCCUACAAGCUGCGAAGACAUUCAUCAAGGAAGACCUCAAAGGCAAAGUAAAGGAGCCCCAGCCAGGAAUGGUCGCCGUACCCGUGGAUCAGCUAGACGAUGAUAUCCCAUACAAGUCCGAGGAAGCUCCCGCCAACAGUGGCACAUCACGCCGCAGCUGUGGUAGGCCAGGCGGUUGCUGUCGAGACCGACCAGCAGCCUCAAGCCGCGAGAGCUCAGCAGAUGGCGCAUCCAGCGACGCUACCAAGAGCAGUCAUGAUACCACAUCCAACACCAGCGACGAGAUUGAUGUCGCCGGCGCAGAAUACGCAAAACCAAUAAGACAACGCGAACGGAACCCGUUGCCAGGGGAAGAAGGCGAGGGCACAAAAGCCGGCACCAAUGUCGACGCUGAACCUCCCAAGAGCGAUGACGGGCGUCUCAAGGCCACCUUUGCUCCAUAUGUGCCAGGAACGGAGCUCAUCUAUCCACCAGCUCUGCGGAAGUUUCAAGCGGAACCCGUUUGCUACGGCAACUCCACCGCGAUAUGGCUCCGACCAACGACUCUCGAUCAAGUAUUGAGGAUCAAAGACCUGGAACCGACAGCAAAAGUAGUUGCAGGAUCAAGUGAGGUGCAAGUCGAGAUCAGGUUCAAGAACUCCAAAUUUGUGAUCUCGGUCUUCAUUGGUGACCUCCCUGAGCUCACAGCCACCGCUGUGCCGGAAACACCAGAGGACCUUGCAAGUCUGAAAGAGCUCAUUAUUGGUGCAAACACAUCCUUGACAGAGGUCGAGUCGGUCUGUCAGUCCCUUUCUCAGAAGCUCGGACGACGAGGUUUAGUGCUUGAGGCGUGCAGAAAACAGCUGCGGUACUUUGCCGGCCGGCAGAUUAGGAACGCGGCUUCGCUCGCUGGCAACCUUGCCACGGCUUCCCCGAUCUCAGACUUGAAUCCAGUCCUGCUUGCCGCUGGCGCGACAGUGGUCGCAAAGAGUCAUCAUGAAGGCGAGAUGAUGCUACCAAUGGCCAGCUUCUUCAAAUCUUACCGCACCACUGCUCUACCAGCCAAUGCUCUCAUUACCAGCAUUCGUAUUCCUCUCCCUUCUCAGGAAGAACGACAGAUUUUCAAAGCCUACAAGCAAGCGAAGAGGAAGGACGACGAUAUUGCAAUUGUCACCGCCGCUUUCUGUGUAAGGCUUGAUGAGUCCGGCAAAGUGGAACAUAUUGCUCUGGCAUACGGGGGUAUGGCACCGCUCACGGUCCUAGCAAAACGUUCUAUGGCCGUGCUACAAGGGCAGCCCUGGUAUGAUUCAAGAACUCUGGAUGCAGGCAUGAAAGCAAUCUCCCAAGACUUCAACCUGCCUUUCGGUGUGCCAGGCGGCAUGGCCACCUACCGGAAGACGCUUGCUAUGUCCUUCUUCUUCCGAUUCUGGCAUGAGGUCGUCGUCGACCUGGAGCUGGGGCAGGUGGACAAGGAUCUCAUCGAAGAGAUCCACAGAAACAUUUCUUCUGGCACACGAGACAACUACAACCCCCACGAACAACGUGUAGUCGGCAAACAAAUCCCACACUUAUCAGGUCUGAAGCAAGCGACUGGUGAGGCAGAAUACGUCGACGACAUUCCACACCAGAACCGCGAGCUCUACGGUGCCUUUGUAUUCUCGCCGAGGGGCCAUGCAAGAAUCGUCAGCAUUGACUGGACACCCGCGAUUGGUCCAGGCCUCGCCCUAGGCUAUGUCGACCGUACAUCAAUCACUCCAGCGCAGAAUCGAUGGGGCUCGAUUCGGAAGGAUGAACCCGUCUUUGCUGAAGACGAAGUCGAAUCGCAUGGUCAAGCUAUAGGGCUUGUCUAUGCUGAGACCCAACUCCAAGCUCAAGCUGCCGCCAAGCUCGUGAAGAUUGCGUGGGAAGACUUGCCCACUAUCCUUACCAUCGACGAGGCCAUCGAGGCUAACAGCUUCUAUUCACACGGAAAAAUGCUUAAAAAGGGUGCCGCUAUCGAAGGAGACAUGAAUGAAAUCUUCGCCAAGUGUGACAGGGUGUUCGAAGGCGUCAUCAGAAUGGGCGGUCAAGAGCACUUCUAUCUCGAAACAAACGCUGCUCUCGUAGUGCCCCACACCGAGGAUGGCAGUAUGGACGUCUGGACAUCAACCCAGAACACUAUGGAAACUCAAGAGUUUGUCAGCCACGUCACUGGAGUUCCAUCUAACCGUAUCAACGCCCGGGUCAGACGCCUUGGGGGCGGCUUCGGUGGCAAAGAAUCCCGCAGCGUGCCUAUCGCCUGCGCGCUUGCCAUAGCUGCCAAGAAGGAGAAGCGUCCUAUACGUUGUAUGCUCACCCGCGAAGAGGAUAUGAUGACUUCUGGUCAGCGACAUCCAUUCCAAGCACGCUGGAAGGUUGGCGUCAUGAACGAUGGCACCCUUGUUGCCCUCGAUUGCGACCUAUACAACAAUGCUGGGUUUAGUUACGACAUGAGUGCGGCUGUCAUGGACCGUGCGUGCACUCAUGUUGAUAGCUGCUACAACUUUCCGCAUGCAUGGAUCCGUGGCCAUGUCUGCAAGACCAACACACACAGCAACACCGCUUUCCGCGGCUUUGGUGGCCCACAAGCCAUGUUCAUCACGGAGACCUACAUGACUGCUGUUGCAGAUGGUCUAGGUAUGUCUGUAGAUGACCUGCGAGUCAAGAAUCUCUACAAGGAGAAUGAUCGUACGCCUUUCCUCCAGAGGAUUGAUCAAGACUGGCAUAUCCCUCGGUUGAUGGACCUCACACGAAAGGAGUGUGACUACGAUGCUCGUCAUACAGCCAUCGAGUCAUUCAACGCAUCUCACAAGUGGAAAAAGCGUGGCAUCUGCCUAAUUCCCGUCAAGUUCGGAAUCUCCUUCGCGACCGCGGUACACCUCAACCAGGCCAGCGCCAACGUCAAGAUUUACGCCGACGGCUCUGUUCUGCUUAACCAUGCCGGAACAGAAAUGGGUCAAGGACUUUACACGAAGAUGUGCCAGGUCGCCGCGCAAGAGCUGAAAGUACCCAUCGAUGCCGUCUACACCCAGGACACCGCAACAUACAGUACCGCCAACGCCUCCCCAACCGCUGCCUCAUCUGGCUCCGACCUGAACGGCAUGGCAAUCCUGGACGCCUGCACCCAGCUCAACGAGCGGCUGGCGCCGUACUGGGAGAAGUUUGGCGCCGGUGCCACAAUGAAGCAGGUCGCGCACGCUGCGUAUCUGGACCGUGUCAACUUGAGCGCGACUGGCUUCUGGAAGAUGCCGCGUGUGGGUUACAAGUGGGGCAACUACGACGCCAACUCCGUGCUGCCGAUGUACUACUACUUCACGCAGGGUGUCGCCUGUACUGAGGUGGAGUUGGACCUGCUGACCGGCGACCACACCGUUCUACGGACCGAUAUCAAGAUGGAUGUCGGUCGCUCCAUCAACCCUGCAAUUGACUAUGGCCAGAUUGAGGGCGCAUUUGUGCAGGGGCAAGGGCUGUUCACUAUGGAGGAGAGCCUGUGGACGAAGCAGGGCCAGCUGUUCACGAGGGGUCCAGGAACAUAUAAGAUCCCGGGUUUCGCGGAUAUCCCACAGGUGUUCAACGUAAGUUUCUUGCAAGGAGAAGAUUGGAGCCCGCUGCGGACCAUUCAGAGCAGUAAGGGAAUCGGCGAGCCGCCUUUGUUCUUGGGUGCGACAGUUCUGUUUGCGCUGCGAGAGGCGCUCAAGGCGGCGAGAAAGCAGAACGGUGUGACCGAGACGUUGGUUCUGGAUAGUCCGGCGACAGCGGAGCGCUUGCGGCUGGCAGUAGGGGACGAUAUCUUGAAGAUGGGGACAGUGCAGAAGAAGGAAGGCGAAAGCAACUUCUUUGUCAGUGUUGCAUAG